AUGGAACAAGAUCCACGAAAUUUGUCGACGUUGGUGACUUUGCUCACAGAGCAAGUUUCUGAAACAGAUGAAAAAAUAGCGUCGCUCACUUCGUCGGCAAAGAAAUUGGUGUCUCCAGAGGUCUAUGAAGAACUAUCCAAAGACAAACCACCGCAAAUCAAUGCAAAACUAGACGAGAAAGCCCUUAUUGAAGAAUUGGAAAAGUCUAGACUCGAGCUAAUAACAUCACUACAACAGCAAGACUUCAUUGGAGUUAAACUACAAGAAAUGAUCGUUGACUCACAUCUGCUUGUUGCGACUGUUGUAGAUCAUUGCAACUCGAGAGAGAGGAUGACAGAGUCUGAAGAAGCUAACUUCGAAGAGCGCUGUGAUGCCUAUAAAACAUCUCUUGAGGAAUAUACCAUGAAGGAUCUAGAUGAUAAUUUGCAGCAUUCUGCCACGGCAUUGAAGUACAUUCAGUCUGAGUCGCUACGAGAGCUUAGGAGCCUAUCAACGAACCAGGCCAAACUACUGUCCAAGGAAUACAAAACACAACUAGACAAGAUGAUUGAUACGCUUAAUACUACAUUCGAGAGUUUGGUGAAACCUUAG